AUGCUCUCUUUUACCGUAAUCCUAUUCUCUAUUCUUAUCUCCCAAGUGUCUUCUGCUGGACAUCUUCAACUUGAUCUCACGUCUUCCACUGAUUGUUCCAUUCGAAUUGUCUCCAACAUUCUGAAUGCAGACGUCUUCAAGCUUACCGCUGGAGAAGAAAGAACUAUCAUCUACCAUCCACUUCUUCAACAUGACACCAUCGAGAUCGCACUUUCAAUUGGUCCCGAUUCUACUAAGAAAGUGUACUACUUGAAGAAGGGAACCCAACGCGAAGUCCUCACUUUCAAUGAUGUCGCUAUCUUUGUGGAAGCUAGCUUCAAGUGUGACAAAGGGUUCACUGGUUCCAAAUGCCUCCGGUCCAUCAAGGAUGUUCAAAAUCAACGUGUCCAAGACUCCACAACCACCACGACGACUUCAACCACUCUAAUCCCAUUUCCAAUCAAUACUGAAGAGACGAUUUCCACCGAAAAUCUUCUGAUCCUCAUCUUCGCCAUCGUCAUGAUCAUCUUGCUCUCUGGAUUCCCAAUCGCUUAUUUCCUCACCAAACCAAAGACCAAUCGGACCAUCAGCUGCGAUUCUCUGGAAAUCAAGAAGACAGACAGUUCAUUGGAUUCCGGAAUCUCCAUCGGAUCACCGAGAUACACCGUUGAGCCAUCUAAUAUUUUUGUAGUUUAA